ACGUAACGUAGAGGGAGGAAGUCAGUUGACCAGUGGCUGUGUUUCACAAUUGUGACCUAAAUUAAACCAAUCAUAUACAAACCAACAGUUUGCAGAGUGACAUUUGCUUUUAAUUGAGCUGUAAUGUAUUUUUUGAAUAUCAGCUACGUCUUCUUUAUUUCUUAGAAUGUACUCAACAGUGCUCAGGUUUGGACCAAAACUGACAGUAAGGGACACUUUUUCCAUGUUAUUUCUUCCACAUUCACGCAGCCGCUGAGUAAUAAUCUCUCGGUUAUGCAAUUGUUUUUUUGAUGAUUUGGUGAAAACAUCUCAGAACGCUCAGAACGAUGGAGUAACCCAUUUCUAGGUUACAUAAGGAGAUCAAUGAUUAAAUGACUGGGUUUGGACCAAGUAGAAGCUGAGGAGAUAGUCGCUGAUAAAACAGAAGGAGCAGAUUGGCAGGUUGUAGGUCGAGCUCAAGUUUCUGCUCUGUUGCGACAAAUGUGAGUGGCAGGGACAUCCCCGCAGAUGAGCUCAUAUUCUUAUCUUCUUUCGAGGGACAUGGCGGUGGUGAGAAUGUUAUCAUUUUUCACGUCGUGGGUCCCAAGCACAAGUAGGAGGAAAAAUGUGAUUAACUGUAACACCAUUCACAUGACGCAGAAGAUAAAUUGUCAGCCAAGAUCAAUGGAUUUCACUGGCAAAUGGUUUGGAGUGAAAACGGAAGCUACUUUAUUUUCAUUGAUCGAAGGAAAAAUAAGGUUCUCCUAGAAAUCUGUGAUCCGUCGGAGGGGCUGCAGCUGAUGUCUGUGAUGUUGGAUUUUACUCUCAGGGGCCUCAGGGGGGUGUAAAGGUUAAGGAACCUGUCUGUACUGUCCCAAAGGGAAACAAAUUUGCUAGCCUUGAGUAAAGUCCAAUGGCGAUCACACAGUGGCAGAGCAGAGAGGACUGCCUGAAAGAACCUGGCAGCAACCUAACCAACAAAAAAAAAAGGCAAAACACCCCGGACUCAGUGCAUCAUCCUCAUCAUCCACCAUCAUCAGAGGUCUGGGCUGUGAUAUCAUGGAUCUUCUCCACAGCUGGGGGGUUGAGCUUGCGAUCCAUCUGCAGACCAGAUACAGCAGGUACGAGGGCUUGUUUAGCCUGGCGUCCACAGUGGCCGAUCUGCACACCGCGUUCUUCUGGUUGUUCCCAGUCUGGUUCCACCUGCGGGGGGACACGGGGCUCAGGCUCAUCUGGGUGGCUGUCAUCGGAGACUGGCUCAACUUGGUGCUGAAAUGGGUUCUUUUUGGGGAGAGACCCUACUGGUGGGUUCACGAGACCCAGUUUUACCGAGCAGCUCCGGCCCCUUCUCUGCAGCAGUUCCCCAUCACGUGUGAGACUGGACCAUCUGCUCUUGCAGGAAGUCCUUCAGGUCAUGCCAUGGGUGCAGCCGGCGUCUGGUAUGUGAUGGUAACAGCGCUGCUCUCUACUGCAACGGAGAAGCGAUGCCCCCCUUUACUCUACAAAUUCUUGCAGAUAGGCCUGUGGAUGCUAAUGGGCCUGGUGGAGCUGGUGGUCUGCAUGUCUAGGGUCUACAUGGCUGCCCACUUACCACACCAGGUUAUUGCUGGAGUCAUUACAGGUGUACUAGUCACUGAGCUGGUCUCCAAGGAGAGACGGAUCUACAGCGCCAGCAUGAAGCAGUACUUCUACACCACCCUCUUCUUGACCUCCUUCGCCGUCGGCUUCUACCUCCUGCUCAAAGCUCUGGGCGUGGACCUGCUGUGGACCCUGGAGAAAGCCCAGAAGCUGUGCGUCAGGCCCGAGUGGGUCCACCUGGACACCACGCCCUUCGCCAACCUCCUGCGUAACAUGGGCACCCUGUUCGGCCUGGGCCUGGGCCUGCACUCACCGCUCUACACUGAGACCAAGAGGACAAACACAAGUGCCGCUUCCAAGAUGGGAUGUAUCAUUAUGUCUUUGUUCCUGCUUCAACUGUUGGAUGGAUGCACCUUUUCCUCGGAAAACCAUACGACUUUCUAUUUCCUGUCUUUCGGAAAGAGUGCAGUUGCACUUUUAAUCCCAACCACACUGGUGCCUUGGGCUCUCAAUGGGAUUUGCAAGGGAAAGAGAGAAGACAAGAACUUGUGAUUUCAACCUGUACUUUAAAGUCAAUUAUUAGAGUAGUUUUCUAUAUUUACUAGGAUUGUUUAUCCUGUUUUUAGACGCUAGGACAUUCAGAUUUUUGGGCACUGUCCCUGGAGGUAUUGUGCAGGCCUGGCCAUCAGUUAUGUAAAGGAUUAUCUACUGUAGUUCCACAAAUUUGCUAAAUAUACUUAUUCACUUUCUUGCCAAAAGUUAGACGAGAAGACGGAUACCACUUUGAUGUCUGUGUGCCGAAUAUGAAGCUACUGCUUCGAGCAGCCAGUUAGCUUAGGCCUGUAUGCACUAAACGGGAGAAACAGCCAGCUAUGCUAAGAUAAGCUGUAAGCGGCUCCUGGCUCAGGCUCCAUGCUUAGGCAUAGGCAUGAAAGUGGCAUCAAUCUUUUCAUCUAACUCUCAGCAAGAAAAGGGAGAAGUGUAUUUCCUCAAAUUGCGAACAAUUGCUUUAAAAAGCAAAUACAUUUUUAAAUGUUUGUUUACUGUUAUAACCUAACUUUUUUCUGUAUUUGGCCUUCAAGGUCUUCCAGUGUUGGCUAUUUGUCUACGGCAAACUGUGUUUUCUCUCAGAAAAAAGGUCCGCACACGUUGCAGGCUCCUUUCACGUCAACACACACGAGUACAACGAGUACACACUUCGCACGCACUUCAUGUGAAAAAAUGUUCUUACACAAACGUACGGUCACCUCAGCAAGCAAAAGUGCUGAGGAAAAGAAAUUUAUAUAAAUUUAAAUAAAAUCUGCUUUUAUAACCAGAGAAGAGUCGUAAUUAUUUUAGAUGUGCGGUGCUGCCCUUUCAGUUUUCCCCGAAUGUCUCAGACUGAUACUGACUAAUUCCCCGGCAGGAAAAACCAUCAAAUAUUAACCCGAGCACGCUCCCGUCACCACAGCCAUGAGCGUCCAAAAAGACACGGAGGGUCAAGGGGCAGAAAGCGUUGCAGUCACCACGUGUGUCCCCUGAGGCUUUGAAGGUAGUACAUUGUUCAGGCGACAUAUCAGAAGGAUCGUCGGAUGUGUGGUGCUGAGGUCAGCGGGGUU